CUGGGCCCAGAGGGAAGGCGAGAGGGAGUCAAGGUGGGGGGGCGGCCCGGGCCCAUCGAAGCGUAGCUCCUGCAGCCGGGACGAGCCGUGCGCCCCCGACUGGAGCUGGACCCGGAGGGAGCCGCCCUCCCUUCCACCCGAAGCCCAGUCCCCAGUGGUCCCGGAGCACCCUCCUUCUCUGUGUGGGUGUGUGCCUGGUUCCCCGGCCCCCCAGGCAGCCAUGGCUGAUGAGAAGACCUUCCGCAUCGGCUUCAUUGUGCUGGGGCUCUUCCUGCUGGCCCUCGGCACGUUCCUCAUGAGCCACGAUCGGCCCCAGGUCUACGGCACCUUCUACGCCAUGGGCUGCGUCAUGGUGAUCGGGGGCGUUGUCUGGAGCAUGUGCCAGUGCUACCCCAAGAUCACCUUCAUACCCGCUGACUCUGACUUCCAAGGCAACCUGUCCCCAAAGACGCUGGGCCUGCUGGAGAAUGGGCUCGCCUCCGAGAUGAAGAGCUCCCAGCCCCCAUACGUCAGGCUGUGGGAGGAAGCCGCCUAUGACCAGAGCCUGCCUGACUUCAGCCACAUCCAGAUGAAGGUCAUGGGCUACCAUGAGGACCCCCGCCCCCUGCUGGCCCCUGAGCCGGGACAGCCGCAGCUGGGAGCCAGUGGUGGAGGAGAAGGUGGCCCUUGUGAGGCUCAGGCCUGGAUGGAGGCUGCGGUGGUCAUCCACAGGGGCUCAGAUGAGGACGGGGAAGAGAGAAGCCCGACUGAGAGCAGGCUUGGCCUCCCAGCCUGUCCCCAGGGCCCUGCACCCCUGGCUUCCUUCCAAGAUGACCUGGAUGUGGGCUCCAAUGAGGAAGGCAGCCUCAACCCAUCUCCGCCUGAGGAGGACGAGCCUCACCCCCCGCCCGGGGAGCCCUGGGCCUGCAAGUGCCCGCUGGACCGCUUCCAUGACUUUGCCCUGAUCGACGCCCCCACGUCAGAGGACGCGCCUCCAGAGCGGCAGUGGUGGGAUACCGCCCUGUCCAGCUAUGGGCAGCAGUCCCAAAGGACAAAGGAGGAGGAAGAGGAGCCUUCAGACAUAGGCACAGAGGAGCCAGAGCAGGAAGGGGAAGACUUGUACUAUGGGCUGCCGGACAGCCCUGGGGACCCCCUUCCAGACAAGGAGCUGGGCUUUGAGCCCGACGCCCAGGGCUGAGAUGGGACCACUCCCCGGGUUCUAGCCCUGCACCACCGCUAACCCCCAUGCCACCUCACAGGGCCUCGAUGCCCCUGUCUGCCAAAUGGGGCUGUGUGGAGGUUUGCACAAGACAGUGGACCCGAGAGCACUCUGGGGGCUCCAAGAAGUGCAUGGGGAGGGGAUGUUUGCUGUCCGUGGACCGUUGCUCUCCAGCUGUUAGUUUCCUGUGGUGAAGCUUUGAAGGUACGCUGUGAUUCACUGAGAAGAUUCGCUGCCGCUGGGGCCCUCAAGAGCCUUUUCUGCCUCCCCCCAAAGCUGGCCUCUGAGCAGGACCCAACUUGGUGCUACCCUGAUCCUCUGUGAAGGCCUCUCAGGGUUCCCGAUCCCGCUCCCCGCCCCCCACCCCCCCAUCCUGC